AUGAUACAUUCCUGGAUAGCCAUGGGCGUGUUGGCAAGCCUGCUGUCGCCCGCCGUCGCCGGCGCGCCCAUCAGCAUCCCUGCCCCCGUGCUCCCCGGCAUGGACCAUCUGAAGCUGGACCGCAAACUCGAAGGAAAAUACUUUCACGAACCGGUGGGCCACGAAAAGGGCGCCGACGACAGACUGGGCCACUACGACACGCGAUAUUUUCAUGGGAUGGUGACGGACAAAGAGAGGGUGGAAACGCUGCACCAUAUGGUCAGGGCGUAUCUGGAUUUUUUCAGAGAGAAUAAACUGGAGACGUGGAUUGCGCACGGCACGCUUUUGGGAUGGUGGUGGAAUAGCAAGCUCCUCCCGUGGGACUGGGAUGUCGAUACCCAGGUACUCGACACAACCCUCGUGCGCUUGGCCAACGAGUUCAACCAGACCAUAUCACACUACGUCUCCACCGACAAGAAAUACGAACGAGAAUACAUGCUGGACAUCAACCCAUGGGCGUACUUUCGCGACAACGGUCCAGGGCACAACAUCAUCGACGCGCGCUGGAUAGACACCACCAAUGGACUGUACAUUGACAUCACCGCGCUGAGCGCCUUUGAUCCGAGGAGCAAGCCAGACCUGUUGGAGUGCAAGAAUUACCACAAGUACAAGACCGAGGAUUUGUUUCCCUUGCGCGAGAGCUCGUUUGAAGGUGUCGUUUCCAUGGUGCCGUACAAGUAUCAGGAGAUGUUGCUGGAAGAGUACUCUCUCAAGUCGCUUACGCGGACCAACUAUGAAAACCAUACAUGGUACCCCGAACAGGGCCAGUGGGUUUUUGACGGAUGA